UUUUUUUUUUUAAAUUAUCCAUUUUGACAUCCAAAAAAAAAAAGCCAUAAAUUCAUGAACUCUCCAAUAAAAAAUAUAUAUAUAUAUAUAUAUUCUUUUUGUUCUGUAUCCUUCUAUCUAUCUAUCUAUUUCAUGGAUGGAUCUCUUCUUUUUUUUUUCUUUUGGAUGUCCUUAUGUUUUAUAUGCUUUGUUGAUACAUACGUAAAGAUUACCAGUUGAGGUUGGUGAAAGAGAAAGAAGCUUGUGUUUCUUAAGAUUACAUA